AGGCGAGAGGGACGUGGCCGGAAGUAGGGCAAGGGAGACAGCUGUGCUCCGCCAGGGCCAUGCGGUUGCUCAUGCUGGGGGCUCUGCGAGCCCACACCGGGAACGGCACCACCGCGAGGAGGAUCCAGGAUCACCUAGAAGCUGCUGGUCACUCAUGUACCCUCGUGGAUAUCUCUUCCUGCAAAUCCCCGUUGGCAGUUUCAAAUCUCAUUCCCUCCAAGAACUUCGAGGCAGCUCUGGGCAUUCACCUUUAUAAAGCAGGCAGACUUCUGCAAGGCAGCGGGAUUCCUUUUGGAAUCAUCUUUGGUGGAACCGACAUCAAUGAAGAUGCCAAGUGUGACGAAAAGGCCAAAGUGAUGGGGAGAGUGUUGGAGGAAGCCAGGUUUGCAGUGUCCUUCACAGAGUCAAUGAAGGAAGCAGCUGCAGUGCAUUGGCCUCGUGCCAGGAACAAAAUAUAUGUUCAAGCUCAAGGAAUUGUGACCACCUGCAACGCUUCUUUCAACUGGAAGAGAUUUCUGCAGUCUGAAGGGAUUCUCCAGGACAGCAGCAGUCUGCGCCUCUUCCUCUUGAUAUGUGGUCUGAGAAGAGUCAAGGAUCCUCUUUAUUUAGUGGAUGCUUUUGCAGAAUGGCACCGAGAGGAGCCCAGCACACACCUGAUUAUAAUUGGACCCGCAGUUGAUCCACUGUUUGCAGAGGAAGUCAAAGAGAAAAUUAAAAGGGCGGACGGGGUGCAUUUGCUACAGGAGAUCUCUCAAGAAGACCUGCACGCUCUUGUGAAAAAAUGCUUUGCCGUUGUCAACAGUUCCAUUUCGGAGGGGAUGUCGGCCACAAUCUUAGAGGCAAUGGAUUUAAAUGUUCCGGUGAUGGCAAGGAAUAUCCCAGGGAAUGCUGCAAUAAUCGCGCACAAGACAACUGGGCUGCUAUACUCAAACCCCCAGAUCUCUUGUGGAGGAGGCACAUGAGGAAGACACUCUGUGCCACCGAGGCUACUCAAGCAUGGAUUCAGAAGUACCCCCAAGCUAUGUACCUGCUCCUUCAGAGGUAGUUCAACCACAUCAAGAGCGGGCAACAUCCCAUCCAUCUAGGGAACCACUCACUGACAGUGCCUCAGUGUCAUGUGGAUUGAGCUUCUGUUGGCUCUCAUCCAGUCUACUACCACUGCAAGACAACGGUCCAAGAGGUCCAGUAUAUAAGGCAGCUUCCUAUGUUCUGAUAUUCCACAGCUCCCAUCUGGUUAGCGUUUAGUAUUCUAAAGGCAACUGGCACCCAGGUAGCAGCAAAACCCAACUAUCACUUUGAUUUUAAGUCCCCAGCAUGUCUCCUUCGCAGGCAACCUAUGCUUUUGAAGCUUCACCCUAUAUCCCAAUUAACUGGUGGUCUUAAUUAGGCUUGGAAAGGAGGGGUGUGUGAGAGUAUUAAUCCUGUUGAUUCUAUAAAUUAAAUUUUGGCCUCCAAAAAUCAGCUAAGUGCAAUAAUAACGUGCUCCGCAAAGAAAAGAAAAAUCCCAACGCCAACAGAUUAAAUAAAACUGCAGAGUGUAAAAUGCAUUUUUGUUCAGAGUGCCUAUGAUUAAUGCAUACUAUUAAGUCAAGUCUGAGGAAGGUAGAUUCUCUGUUUUCAUUAGAUUUUGGCAGUCACACUUCCCUUACCCCCUGACCCUCCUUCCACCCCCUCUUCCGAUAAAACGAUUGUGCCUAACAUUUUUCUCCCUGGAGAGUUCAUUGUUCCCCGCGGUCUUCACAAAUGAAUCUCUUUGUUAACAAAUGCAAUUGGUUUUUCCGGGAAAAAGGUACUUGUAUCAACGUGGAACUCACCUCCGCACCCCUGGUGUGCGUUGGAGAGACAGAACGGCUUGAUCUCAGGCAGAGGUUGCUUAUUGCCCAUAGAUCUUGAGUCUGCAAGUUCGGCUAGUCCUUCGUGGCCUCCGUACAGGAAUGUUCCUGAACAUUAAACAACUUUGGAUACUGGUCUCACACCUCCUUCAUAUAUGCAUGCCCCAAAUGUGGGGAGAGACUGGAUCCGGCUGGUGGGCCAGAUCCUGAUCUCCCCCACCCUCCCCUAGGUUUAUUGUGGGGGUGACACUGGUGGAGAGAUGCCAUUGUGCAAUUGAUAGCCACAACAGAAUCCUCCCUGACCACCAGCCCUGCCUUUUUAUUUGAGGAAGAAGGAUUCCGGCGCUGAAAGGGUUUUAGACCAUCCCUUGACCUUCGCUGGAAAGGAGAACCUGCCAAAGUUUGAAAAGCAAGUUCUGUUUCAGGGGUUGCAAACCUCAGGUCCUUGGGCCAUAUGUGGCCCUCCAUGCUCUCUGUCUGGACCUCAGGAUUCUCCCCAGGCCACGCCACUCACCGGCCUGCACUGCACCUUCUUGACUGUUUUUUGCCUCCCUGGAAUGUGUUGUUUUAUUCAUUUGCAUGUAUGUGUGUGUGUCAGGGAACUGCCAUCGGAGCCGAUA